UCUCACACAAUUAACAUGUGGUUUGCAAUUUUAUAUAUCUUUUCAAUUUUGCAGAUAUUUGAAACUAUCUAUAUGGAAAUCAAAUUAGGUGAUGAACUAAAUUAUAUAUAUGAAACAUCUAUUACAAAAUGUGGCAAACAGUCAUAUAAAAAUAAUAAAUUUAGUUCAAAACUAAAAGCAACAGUUAAAAUUGCCCUACAUUGGGAAAAUAUUGAUAAGUCACAUUAUCAAACAUCAUUGAGUAAAUUAUAUGAAUUAAAAAUUUCAAAUGUUGAAUUCCCCAAAAAUAUUGAAGAUAAAUUUAUGCUAAAUGUAUUUUCUCUUGAUUCAUUUCAAGAGCCAUUGUAUUUUCAUACAUAUGAUAAUCAAAUAUCUCCUGUAAUAGUGUCAAAUUUAGAUUCAAGUUUAUCUGUCCAAAUUAAAAAAUCUAUAGCUAGCCUUUUUCAGUUGACAGGACAUAAUAUGACAGAACGGGACACCCAUCAUGAUUGUCAAGUUUUGUAUAAUGAAAAUGAGGUCAAACAUACUCUCUAUAAAACCAAAAUAUGCCACCACCCAGCCUUUUCUAAAUAUACUACAGAUAGGAGUUCUAUUAAAAGUUACAACAUGAAAACAAUAUCUAGAUCCUUAUACGUUCUAAAUUUUGAUAAAUCAUAUUUUCGAAAGGUCACAAGUUUAUCUACUACUCUCAUCUCUUCCCACUUAUCAAAUAUCAAAGUUUUUAAUUGCUCAACAAGGCAAAGCUUAAAAUUUGUUAGAAGUCAAAGAUUAAAAGAAAAUGUCAUCUAUGCUGACAGUUUAAAUGAAGCCUUGUUAAAGAUAAACCCUAAAUAUAUGGUUGAAUUUCAAGGCGAAGCCUUGAAAUUUGAGCAGGAGCUACCUGUUGAUAACAAUUUUUUGAAAAUUUCGAAGAAUAAUACCUCCGUCUACGAGAACUUUAUACAUAAGUUGUUGCAAGAUUUGCAAACAUCUUACAAUAUUUUUACGCAACAGCAGACGACUCCUAAUAUCAUUUCAUCUCAUUUUACCAAUUUUAUGACUGCCGUUGUCGCUAUUAGAAAAAAUGAUAAUUUGGAUUUUUUGGAAACAUUAUUUAAAUAUGCUAGAAAAAGCUAUCCACUUAUAAUGCCACUUUUAGUUGAAGUGUUAUUAACAGCCCAGACUAAUUUAACCAAUUCUUUCGUUUUUCAAAAUUUAUUCAACGAUUCUGGUCUCCAACAAAGUAAGAAAAAUAUGUUUGGCCCCGAUUCAAAAUCCUAUUUUGCGCGUGGCAUUAUAGCCCUGAGUCAUUCUAAAUAUGUGGACGAUGAAUUUUUGGAGAAUAUGAUAACACUUGUUUACACGUUAAAGGCAAGUCUUGAUCCUGAAACUAAACGUAAGAAAGAGGACCUAAUGGUUAUUAUAAGCAUCGUUCUAUGGCAAAAAUGCAAUUUCAAUUUUUAUUGCCUCAAAAAUCAAAUAGUGAAGGAGAAUCUUCUUAAUUCCUUUUAUCGCUUCCUCGAAUAUUCUUGGUCCGACCUUUUAUCGCGAACUAGUUCCGGUGGACAUUUAAAGCCCCUUGAUAUUGACACGUUCUCGUAUUUAAUAUCAUCUACGUCCAAUGUUAAAACCAUCCAAAGCGCCAUAUUAUUAACUCGAGCUUUUGAGCGAUUAUUCGCGGGCAAUAACAACGAUAUGGAAACUUAUUAUUUGUUGAAGGGAUUGGCCACUUUUCCUUGCUCGCUCUUUAAGAUGAAGGGCCCUAAAAAAGUGUUAAAGACAUUCGGUUUUUUUAUGCCGGAGGGAGACGGGAAUGACGAAUUGGAGACCCUUUCAAUAUUAAACCGAGGCUUUUUCCGUGAUAAAAAUAGUGCAUUGGUUAUGGGCGAAAUUUUUACCAUUUUAUUGCGUUGUGAUAAUUCCUACCUUUUUACAAAACACGCAAUUCAACAUAUGGUAUAUAAAGUGUUUCUCGAAGACAAGAAUUUCGUUACCUUUUUGCACCUACAUCAACGUUUUAAGAAACAUAUAGAAACAGAUUCGUUUGACCAAUCCCCUAAAUUCGGCACUUAUACUCCUAGGACCUACAGUGAAGAGACAAAAGAGGGCAAAAGAAUGCUACGGAGUUUAUUCCCUUAUUUUCUCAUGGCCUUAUCCUCCGGCGCUUAUUCCGACCAUUUUCAAAAUAAUAUAAUAUCUUAUUCUUAUUACAAAACCGAUUUUUUGUUUGAUGCAAAUGGAAUACCUUCCAAACUAGAUCUAGGUUUUACCAUAGCCAAUCAAGAUAUAUUCAAUCUAGAAAUAAAUAGCCAAAGCUUAGGUUCUGCCAUCGAAAGAACGACAUCUUUUUUUUCGGCUCCUUCAAACCCGAGUAAAUUGCAACCUCGUGUAUCCUUACAACUCAUGAACGGUCAAUUUUUUUUGCCUCGACACUUGCAUAUUAUUUCUUCUGAUUCGGAUAUUAUGGGGUUAGCAUUUUCCGGAGGGAACAAUAAACCUAGCACUCUUUUUAACAUGAAUGUCAUGAUACAAGAUUUGAAGGGUGCUUUCUCGUUAGCAAAUGGGUUUCCAGUAUAUAUAACUAUCAUGGGCAUGUUAAAUGUUCAAAGCGAUGCCUCUUUAGAAAUUAAUGUAUUUGGAAAAAGCUAUCAAUCUCUCAUUAAAACUAAGUUUAAUUUUUUCACCAAAAUUUCUUCUCAAGUUUUUGACAACACUUACGUCACUUUUGUAGAUUUCGUUUCUCGCGCCAAUUAUCCCAUCAUAACAAAAGGCAAAUAUGAUUCAAAGAAGGGCCGGCAUUCCUUCAAAAUUGAUUUUUCGAAUGCCCUUUUAUCAACUAAUUAUAGCAAAAUUGAAAAUUUCAAUCGAUUAAAGAAGGAUGGAAGUUUUAAGAAGAAAAUUAAACGCUUCUUUUCACCUAUAUUUAACUUGAAUUCGUUAUUUUGUUUCCCAAUCCAUAGAACACCUAAUAUAUUUGGAUCUCACAUAAUAUAAUAUAACCAAAGCAAACGCUAAUCGGUGCUAUUUAAUUUAAAACAUUUACAGUCACAAUUAUUCUGUAUGUGCAAUUUAUAAAGCUUCCAAAAAUAUUUGAUUAUUUUUUAUAAAAUUUUUAUAACAAAAUUUUAAUAAAUUAUAUAUAUUUUUACGUUUAAUUGCUGGCAUAUGGCAAUAUUAUAAAAUAUUUUUAGGAAUUAUAUGUUCUAAGAACCUUUUUUAAUAAACUCUUUAUUUUUAUUUAAUUAUUUAAUACGUGCCAAGCCAAUUGUUAUUCAUAUUUAUGAAAUUAAAUUAACUUUUGAAAGACUCACCUAAAUGAGACAUUAAGUCUCUACAUUAAAAUUAUUAAAUAAAGUUAUUAUAUAUUAAAUAAAUCGAUAUAUAAAAAAAUAAUUGCAAAACUUUAAUACAAUUUAUAAAAUAAAAUAUUUUUUUUUAUAAAUUACAUACAAGAAUCUAUUUUGUAACUAUAAAGAUAUUAUUCAUAUGUACCUGCAUCUGCCGAAAAUUGAUGUAAUCUCAUAAAUAUGAUUAACAAUGCCAUACAUACAAUCAAUUAAAAUAUC